AUGUAAUAUGUACAGAAAAAAUUUGGAAAUCAGCCUACUGAUUGGAAAUGGGGAUCAUUACAUAAUUAAUUGUUCCCUCAAGCACUUUCAGAUACACCUUACGGAUUUAUUUUUGAAAGAAAGAUACCUUAUCACACAAACAGAAGAUCUGUGGCAGUGUCAUAAUAUGAAUUAGAUGGAUCUUUUAAUGGUAAAACAGGAUUAAAUUAUAAAUAAAUUAUAUCUAUGGAUUCUGAGGAAUCACUUUAUUUGUAAUUGAUACAGGAAUAAAAGGCAAUCCCUUUAUUAAAUUUUACACUAAUCAAAUGA